ACAGGCAAGCAUUUCGUCCCCAUUUGCUAAGAAACUUAUGACAUACACGCUUUAAACAGGAGCAGCUAGACAAGGGCGAGGCUUUGGUUCCUGACCGAAACCCUGCAGCUCGAUCAAACUGCGUGCUACACGGAUAUUAUGCUACUCCCGAAGUUUUUUUUAAUCCAGACUUUUUCGCCUGGCUGGGUCAUUUCAGGGCACUCACUGCAUCCGUUCAGCACCGUCGUACCCACCACACACAGGGUUUUCUGAGGAAGAGGGUGGUGACAGGGUGUUUUCAGCACUGAGAGUGCAAAUUGACAUGAUGCCAGAGUGACGCAGGACCUCAGAUAUUCUGUUGUCACCAGAGGAUGUGAUCAUGACUCUGAGGCCCUAAUUCCCAGAAGUAUGUCAGAGCAAGCAGGGAAAUGUAGCCCCAGAUGGAAAGAACAUGAGCUCAUGCAACAUGGGUACAUACCAAGUUACUUGGAUAAGGAUGAGUUGUGCGUAGUAUGCAGUGACAAAGCCACUGGCUAUCACUACCGGUGUAUUACCUGUGAGGGCUGCAAGGGAUUUUUCCGACGGACAAUCCAGAAGAACCUACAUCCAACGUACGCUUGUAAGUACGAAGGAAAGUGUGCCAUCGACAAGGUGACCAGGAACCAAUGCCAGGAAUGCCGCUUCAAAAAAUGCAUUGCAGUUGGCAUGGCAACAGACCUCGUGCUGGACGACAGCAAGCGUAUGGCCAAGCGGCGGCUGAUCGAGGAGAACCGGCAGCGCCGCCGUCGGAGGGAGGAGGUCCAGAGGAAAGUGUGGAGCAAGCCGGAGCCCACGCCCGACGAGUGGGAGCUGAUCCGGGCUGUGACCGAGGCCCACGUGGCCACUAAUGCUCAGGGCAACCACUGGAAGCAGAAACGCAAAUUCCUGAGAGCAGUGGAGGUGAAGGAGUCCAAGGCAGAGGACAUCGGUCAAGCUCCGAUCAUCAAUGCACCGGAUGGAAGCAAAGUGGACUUAGAAGCCUUCAGCCAGUUUACACAAAUUAUCACCCCUGCUAUCACCAGGGUGGUAGACUUUGCCAAAAAGCUACCCAUGUUCUGUGAGAAAUCGAGAUUCAUCAGACCAGGCCUUGUUUUUCCAAGUCUUCAGCUGUCCAGUUUUGGAGAUCCUGUGCCCACUGCAGCCUCAGCUUUCCGUUCUUGGCUGACAGAAGUGGAACCUGACGUGGUCUUCUGCUGUUGCAGCUCAUUUGCCUUAAGGUUCGACGUGUUGUGCAUGCUGAGAUGCUUUUUUGCUCACCACAAUUGUACAGAGUGGUUAUCUGAGUUACCAUCGCCUAACUGUCAGCUCGAAACAGUCUGGCCAUUCUCCACUGGCCUCUUUCCGUCCGCAGAACUGCCGUUCACUGUUUUUUUUUUGUUUUUCCCCACCAUUCUGAGUAAACUCUAGAGACUAUUGUGCGUGAAAAUCCCAGGAGAUCUGCAAUUACAGAAAUACUCUCCCUUGCCCGUUUUUCUGAUAGUUGAUGUGAACAUUAACUGAAGCCCCUGAAGCCCCUUGGCUGAUUAGAUAAUUGUGGAUCAUGAGUAGGCAGUGCUCUUCAUAUGUUUAUUUAAAGGGGAAAGCUACUGAGUUUGAUAUUGGGAUUGAGACUGGGAGAUUGGGACAUAGGGUUGGUCAGGGAUGUGAUUCUGUUAACUUGUAUUGAUAUGAUAACCAGUGUUUUCACAUGCCACACAUACCAUAGGAGAACUACAGGCAAUUUGAAGAAAUCCGUAUUACCUGUUGAUGCGUAGUACAUCAGGCCAAGGAGCUACAUCUCCUUAAUAAAUGUAAUUUCCUGUGCUUACCUGAGACCUGGCAAUGACCAAAGAGCAUCCCCGGGAAUCCAGCUACACCUGCUCAUUAACAACAAUCGUCCCCAUGUUUCUCAGUGUGGAUUAAUACUGAAGGCUACAAUUUCAUAAUUGGGAAACAGUGUUUGACUACAGUUCUACUGUAGUCUAUGAAUCAAAGCCUUGUCUUGUGCAUGUAAAUCAAACAAAUUAUAUGAAAUUACCGCACAACAGUAUUGUGCCAACUUUUCCGGACUUGCACCAGCAGGUAUUCUUGCAUUUGAUUUUUAAAAUGUGUCAUAUUUAAUUCUACUUAUCCUUGCCACUUAUUAAUUUUAAACUUCAUUGUCCAACCCUCCAUUAGUUUCCUGCCUGCUUUCUCUGAAUUGCUGUCAUUAAUUUAUUCUUUGUGUUUAGCUCUUCGCCUUCUUGUCAUACAAGUCUAUCUAAUCUCAUUCUCCCUGACAGUUCAUUACACCAGGUGUUGUCUUCGCUCCAUCACUCAUUCCUCUAAUAAUAAUAAUAAUAAUAAUAAUAAUAGCUGCAAUUCCGGGUGCAGACCUGUUACAAUGGACAUCAAUGAAUCCAAGAGUAAAAGUGUAUCGUCUUCCAAGCUUGAGGUCUUUGAUGAAUUCUGUGUUUAUGUCAUGUGCUUCAGCUCCUUUGAAAACAUUGCUGACAAUGUAGUGUAUUCAAUCUCUUGUUUCAGCCAUCUGUUUCACAAUGCAACUUUUCUUUAAAAAAAUAUUUUAACAAACUUAAUCUGUGCCAAGGCAGAUAAUGUCAGUAUCAACUACACUUCAUGAGAAGAAGGUUCUUAAUCAUUAUUUUUCAAUAUCGAACAAUGGGUGUGCAGGCAGACUUUUUCAAUUCCUCUUAACGGCUUUGUUUUUUCACGUAUUGGCACCGUUUUCAUUUUCUGUUGUGCCCUUUCAUUCGGAAUAUGAAUUCUGCCAAUAGACCAAUUUAUGGCUUUUCAAAGUCUUUACUUUGACUGCUUGUUACAGCACCCCCUUCAAGUUUGUUGUGAGGGUGUAGUUUUAGGUCCUCUAUCAACCUGCCAAAUCUCGUGAAUAGCGAUGAAUGUUUGAAAGACUUAAGGCCAAUUGUCUUGAAAAUGGAAGAAACAAUUAUUCUAAUUGUUGAAUAAUAAUAGAGAUAAUAAUAAUAAUAGUAGUGAUAAACCUUAUUCAUUCUCUUCAUCAUCAUCUGUUCAUUAUCUAAUUUUGCAAAGUUGUAUGUAAGUUGUUGAUAACCUCCCACUCACUAUUGCUCUGAUCCCAGCUAUGAAUUCCUGGCCCUCUUUCCCAAAACAAAAUUGAUCCAAUUCAUCAAAAGCUUCAAGAAUCACAUAAGAUAAGAGUCUGCAUUUUAUAAUGUGACUGGGGUUUUCUCCUUAGUUGCACUCAAAUGCACUUCCUACAUUGUUAAGAUUAUCAAACUGUUGUUAACUUUUGGAACCAUUAAUUCUGGCCUUCACUUGGGUGCAGUUGAGGCUUAAACACAUUGUUCUUUUUGUUUUUUUUGCUUUAUUAUUUAGCCCUGAUAAUAGCUCCCAUAUGCUUAUUGAAGUUAGCUCAAAUACUUGUUGAAAUCUGAUAUGUAUGCUGAAACUAUAUAGCAGACUAUCACAUUUCUUUCCACAGAAUCAUGUUUGGUCUUGAAUUUCAUGAGCCAAGCUUAUAGGGAAGCCUACCAAAUGCCAGUGAAAAAAGGCUGCUAAACAAUUCCAGCCACCUUGGAAGAAGACAGACACAAUGGCAACAAAGCAUGAAUACAAAGGCAGUGGCCAGCAGAGGGAUGAUUUAUUGAGCUUUGGCGAGAACACAAGUAUUUGUUCAGUCCAUCUGUAGAGACUACCACAGAAAACAACAGAAACUAUUGACACAGACCAAUUUCCUUUUUAUUUUACAAUAUGAGUAUCUUUACUGUAUACAUAUAAUCCUCACAAAAAAUGUAUCCUAAGCAUGUCCCUUUAUCCUGAGAUAUAAAUAAUUUCGACCUAUUUGUAAUACGCCUUUAAUAUCCAGCCCUUCACAACAUAAUAUUAUGUAUUCAUAUCUGAGAUAAUCAGGCAUGUCUUUAUGAUGAACACCUUUGAAGCUUUCGUGUAAGCUGUGGUUUCUUCUUUCAGCUGAUUUGAGGAAAUGAAUGUGCACUCUGAAACCUUUGUGCUUUUCCCACUAAAGCUAUAAAUUUCUCUCGGAAAGGACAUGCGCAUCUGAUCAUACGUAUCAGAUAUACACUAGUUCUUUGCUCUGUCAUUUUUAUAGAAACUGGAACUAUUCUUUCUGCAGAUUAUAGUUCUCAUUUAUACUUUUUAACAAUGACACCAAAAUAGUCUCAAUAGCACUACUUUUUUUUAUUUAUUGUGAUUUCCCUUUUUCUGCCUGGUUUUGAACCAUGUUUAAAACAAUGAACUGCAUUCAUGAAACCUGGAUGAACUCAAUUUUAACUCAUCAGUUAAGCUUUCCUUCUCUAGCAAUUUAAUAUGGCUUGAGGUUUCAAUUUAUUCCUCAAUUUAUUCUUAUAAAUAUAGCUGUCAAUGUAGAUUAUACUUUCUCAUUACAUCAACUUCUUACCCCAAAAAUUUCUUGCAUCAACAAUUUCCCAAAAGACUUCUUUUCUCUAUAUCCAGGACAUAGCCAGGCUGAGAUUUCUGCUACCACACACAUUGUGAAAACCUCAUCUGUGUAUGGAGUGGUUCUCAGUGGUAUCUCAGCCACUCAGCAGUCCUUGACAGCUUACAAAUGCUGAAAAUGAUCAUGCCAGGAUUUGUACCAAAGCAAGAUUGUUGCUGCUUAUAUCACUGCCCUAUUUGCUGCCUAGUGAACCUAACACAAGUCUUUUUAGCCACACAUGUAGCUUUUGAAAUGAUCUUUUUGUGUUUGCCAUGAUUCUUGAUAAAAGUGGGGGAAACUCUGCUGGCUGAACCCCUUUGCAGAUCUACAUUUUAGCCAGGUGUGAAUCGCUCCUCAGUCAACAGUCUGUACUGACAUUGUCAAGAUUUGCAUGUUGGGUACACUAUUGCUUCAGUAACUAGUACUUUAGUUUAGGCCCCAUUUGCAUUUUAGCAGCCCUAAAUUGGACAAUAAGGGUAAUGUGAUGGACAGAGGCUGACUGGGAUGGAUUUAGUUGUGAGAAGAGCAUGGGGGUUUAUUAAAAUCUUUCAAAAAAUAGCUACACCUGAAAGGUUCUGAAAGGUGCUUUGUAACCUUACAGGAUAUUAGUUGGGGACUAUGGCUGACGUCCUGAGGUGAAUCAUUAAACUGCAAGUUCUUGUGCGUUAGCAGCAAAAAUGUAUUCUUUGCUUUAAGGCCCAUCCACACCUAUAACUAUAGCAAUAACUACACUCAGUGAGCGCUUUAUUAGGUAUUUAUUCUUCUGCGUGUGGUUAUUGGCGCUACUACGUCACCUUCCUGUCAGCUUUGACAAGUCUGGCUCUUCUCCACUCACCUCUCUCAUUAACAAGGCAUUUUUGCCUGCAGAACUGUUGCUCACUGGAUGUUUUUUGUUUUUCAUACCAUUCUCUGCAAACUCUACAGACUGGUGCAUGAAAAUCCCAGGAGAUCAGCAGUUUCUGAGAUACUCAAACCACCCUGUCUGGCACCAACAGUCACUCCAUGGUCAAAGUCACUUAGAUCACACUGAUGACGAUAACUUUCAGUAUCUAGUGUUGAUUCUAGGCUUUUGAUUGCCUUUGGAGUCUUAGGAUUGGCGUUUGUCAAAGGCGACAUCUGAAUUUUUACAUCUUAUCCAUUAUUUUGUUUUAAAUCAGAUGUGAUGGUGUACAGAGACAAUAGAACAGAAAUUGAAGUAUUCGCUGUCCAAAUACUUGUUUUAGCCUUGUUUAAGUUAAGAAUACCUGUUAAAUAUUGAAUUCAUAUUACAUAUUAUAAUUCUGCAGUAAAGAUAUUGUGGUACAUUUGAUGGAACUGUCGAGUGAGCCCUGGCUUGUAU